AUGAAGACGAUUAUUGGGUGUGACGCCGGCCGAUAUUGGGGCCUGCUUUGGGUCUUGCUAUUUGAGAUUUGCAGUUCGUUCGAUGGCAUUCAGCGGAGCCAGCUGGCGGAGAUGAAGGUGGCCGGUUUUGGCGGCAAGGGAGGGGUCCAGAUUAGCACAGCAAGGAGCAAAACAGAACAGCAGUUCGCAGAGGUCACCGGGAGCAAGGCGCCCAUCGGCAAGUUGGCGAGGCGCUGUGUUGCCUUGGCCCAGCCUGAGGACUGCCUCGAACCACACCGGGCACUCCUUUUGGACUAUAAGGCUUUUCAUAAUGCGAAUAAACACCAUCCGGAUGCUCAGUACCUUGUGCAAACCUGCUGGGGACAUGGUUGCCAGGGCACAGGUGAUCGAAUCCGGGGUACCAUGUUCCUUCUUCGUUUGGCCAUCGCGCACAAGAAGAUCUUAUUGGUCGACUGGACACAUCCUGCCCCCCUAACAAACUUCCUGCUUCCCAACGACAUUGACUGGACCUUAUCGGGCUUUGAACCGGGUUACUUCGUCGGACACAAUACUCUGAGUGAAGCAGAUUUCGGGGCUGCUGUUUACGAGGGGAGGCCCGACGCUGUUGAAAAAUUCCACGCCACCAAGAUGCAUGUCGUCACAACGAACCAGCACUUCUACAUCAACACAAUGGCUGGUGUAACGCCUGUGGACUACAUUCAGAAGUUGGAUAUUGGUUCUUGUUACUACAAUUUUCUAUUCAAGCUGAAUUCUACCAUUGUGGAACGCGGAGAGCUGAGCUUGCGGCAGUUGUAUGGUCCGUCUCCCGUUGAUUACCUUGCAUGGCAUUGGCGGCAUUUCGACGCGGACUGGCCCGACGAGAAGCCGGUGAUGAUAUCGCAUUUGCGGGCUACAAUGGACUGUGCACAGAAGCUGGCUAGCGAAGUGGGGGUGGACCUCGAGCAGCGGCGCUUGCUGCUGGUUACGGAUUUCAACAUCUUCCGGGAAUUCGUGCUGGAGGGUCAUCUAAAGAAGGUUGUGACCCUGAACAUUACAGCACACCAUAUCGACCAUCAGGAGAGUUCUUCGGAAAUUUUCAACGGCAUCUUCGUCGAUUUGUACAUCAUGUCCCACGCGCGCUGCAUGCUGACCAGCCGAUCUGGCUUCAGCAAGCUGGCUCUCUGGAUGGCUAGCGACAAGCUGCGCAAGUGCCAUCGAGACAUGCAAGAGGACACCAGCAACAGCGAGCCAGUUAGGGAUUCAGCAGCAGGCGCGAGCAGCAAGCCAUGCGAGCUGGCAGCGGCGACACCAAAGCUGCUUACAGCAAAAGGAACAGCAGCAGAGCCCUGGAGCGCACAUCACACAUCGGUCGCAGGCGGCUGA